AUGAGCUCCCCGACACCUCCCGAGCCGUUUGAGGAGUCGGAGAGCCCUAGUACUGUACUCACCGAGCUUUUAGGCAAUGAGGACUUGUCCACGUGGGAUCCGCUAGGCUGGCCUCCGGUCGAUCUGCUGAUUGAGACAGAUCAGAUUUCAGCCCUUGUUGAUACAGCCCUUCAAGACAUCAACCCCAAUUUGCUCGAUUGUUUUGAGAUCAAUCACUUGUUUCAACCUACGCACUACCCAAAUUACGAUGAGGAUGAAGCCCAUAUCAACCAUGCCGGGGAUAGGGUCCAGAUAUCGGCUAUGGAGACCGAGUCAUCCUAUAGCACUCAGCAACAUUUCAUGGUAGAGAUUUCUGCUUCUACUGAAGACCCAUCCGACAUCUCCAAUACCGACGCGAGUACCUUCGGGGAGCAAUCAAGCCUGUUGUUUGUUGUUGAUGUAUCCCACCCAGGACGUGUCUUCUGUCUCAAGCACCAAAAGUGGUAUGAGGCGGGUGAAAAGUUUCGGCGACAUGAAAAACGACACCGACGACGGGUCAAAUGCGGUUGCGAAAAGUGCUCCAUGACAUUUGCAACAUCCAAGGAGCGGAACGAGCACUCUUAUCGCUAUCACAAGAAGUGGUCUAAAGAGAAUAACAUACCUGAUCCGAGGCGACGUUGCCAAGUAUGCCGAACAAAAUUGUCAAAGGCGUCCUACAUCAAGAGACAUUUAAAACGAUCUCCCGGCUGCAAUGCAAUCCUCGGAGGAUUGCCCACCAAGGAUCAAACUCUCAUGCUCUGGAAAACGUAUAUCCAUGUAGGGGUUUGUGUCAUUCGCUUUGAAGACCACCUUGGGCCCUGGAUAGGUCUGAAAUUACUCAGUUCGGUUGGUCUGAGUUCCGUGCCGGAUCCGAAGGCUCGCAGCUCAUCGUUCGCUGGGAACCAGGCAAAACAGGACAAGACUGAAUAG